UUCCUUCUUCUAGAACUGGGCUAUGUAGCACCUUGCUGCCACUUCAUUUUGCAAAAGGAAAGACUUGAAGCUAUGGAUGGAUUUUUAAAAUCCGAUGAGAGACAAAGAUUAGCUAAAGAGAGACGAGAAGAAAGAGAAAAAUGUCUGGCUGCCCGGGAGCAGCAGAUCCUAGAGAAAGAGAAAAGAGCCAAGAUCCAAUAUGAAAAGCAAAUUGAGGAGCGAUGGCGAAAAAUGGAGGAACAAAGGCAGCGUGAGGACCAGAAGAGAGCUGCUGUGGAAGAGAAGAGGAAGCAGAAGCUCCGGGAGGAGGAGGAGCGGCUGGAGGCAAUGAUGCGGCGGUCCAUGGAACGCACCCAGCAGCUGGAGCUGAAGAAGAAGAGUUCGUGGGGAACAUCACUGGCCUCAGGGAACGGAGGACGUGAUUCAUGUGACAAACUUUCAACAUCAACCAUGAAUUUGCCAAAGCAGACGGAGCCUCCCAUGAGUAAACGCCUGUCUUCAUCCACCGUGGCAAUAUCCUAUUCCCCAGACCGAGCUCGUCGCACUCACCUUAGUCCUAUGGAAAACUUUCUUGUUAUGCGACUGUUGACACCCACACAGGCUUCUUUAGCCAGAAGCAGAAGUGCAUUCAUGUUCUCUGAGCAGGCCAGAGACGCAGUUUUCCAUGCUUGCCCUCGUAUAGCUCCUGCUAGCCCUCUUAGAUCUGCAUACAAAUCUUCUCCUACCCGAACCAUGGAGAGGAAGAAGGCUGCAUCUGCUUCUGGCGCGGGAGAGGCUGGGAAGGAUGCUCAGGCAGGAGCAGAAGCAUCUUCUAUGGAGAAGAUGAAGAAAGGACGAGGUACGGCUUCUGCUCCACCUGGGGGCCUUGGGUCCCCACUGAAACGACACGAGCUUUCCGGAGAUACUCCUAAGAGGGCAUCCUCUCCUGUAGCAUCCAAGACAACUUCAAAAGCAUAUCCGCAGUCUCCAAAGACAGUGAAACCACCGUAUGCAGGGUCUCCUGUGAAAUAUCGCUACUCCCCUGUUCCUAGCCAAGAAACACUCAAGAAGAAAGCAGAUAAAGAGAAGAGCAACAAGGAAAGGGAAGGUACCUCUAUCCAGUUGGCCACUGGCAUACACAGAGAGGAAACUCCAGAGAAGCAUGUGGCCAACAAGGGUGCCACCAAGAAGCCCGUGGCUGACAAGGGUGCCACCAAGAAGCAUGUGGCCAACAAGGGUGCCAUUGAAAAACAUGUUGCUGACAAGGGUGCCACUGAGAAGCCCCUGGAUGACAAGCAUGCCACUGAGAAACAAGUGGCCAACAAAGAGGCCACUGAGAAGCAUGUGGCUGACAAGGAGGCCACUGAGAAGCCCAAGACUGACAAGGAUGCCACUGAGAAGCAUGCGCUUGACAGGGAUGCCACUGAGAAGCAUCUGGAUGACAAGAAUGCCACUGAGAAGCACAUGGCUGACAAGAAUGCCACUGAGAAGCAUGUGGCUGACAAGAAUGCCACUGAGAAACAAGUGGCCAACAAGGACGCCACUGAGAAACAUGUGGCUGAAAGGGAUGUCACUGAAAAGCACGUGGCUGACAAGGAUGCCACUGAGAAACACUUGACCGACAGGGAUGCCACUGAAAAGCAUGUAGCUGACACAGAUGUCACCAAGAAGCAUGUGGCUGACAAACCUGCCAUUGAAAAGCAUGUGAUGGAUAAGAGUGCCACUGAGAAGCACAUGGCAGACAAGCGUGCCACCGAGAAGCAUGUGGCCGACAAGCGUGGCACGGAGAAGCAUGCUACUGCAGGAGGGAAGGCUGAGAGCAGUGCAGUCUCAGGGAAGCCUACAGCAGGCACCACAGAUGCGGGAGAGGCUGCAAAGAUCCUGGCUGAAAAGAGACGUCAGGCUCGGCUGCAGAAGGAACAGGAGGAGCAAGAGCGAUUGGAGAAGGAACAACAAGAGAGGCUGGAGAGAGAGGAGUUGAAAAGAAAGGCAGAGGAGGAGAGACUGCGCCAAGAAGCAGCAGCUCGUAAGCAAGAAGAGGCAAAGAAGCAGCAGGAAGAGGAAGAGAAAAGAAAGGCCGAGACAGAGGCCAAACAGAAGGCUAAGGAGGAGCUGUUGUUGAAAGAGAAGCAAGAAAAAGAAGAGCAAGAGAAAGCCUUGAUUGUAAAGCAGAAAGAAGCAGCAGAAGCAAAGGCCCAGGAGGCAGUUAAACAGAUGCGUCUAGAAAGAGAACAGAUCAUGCUGCAGAUCGAGCAGGAACGGCUAGAAAGGAAGAAGAGAAUAGAUGAAAUCAUGAAGAGAACAAGGAAGAGUGAUGUGCCUCCAGAAGUAAAGAAAGAGGAAUCUCCCAAAGUAGAGAUUCAGCCUGGUACGUGUGUGGAAAAUAAGACAAAAUCAGUUGUGCCCAAUAAAAUAGAAAUCAAUGGGUUAAACACCUGCCAGGAAGUUAAUGGUGUGGGACCCACUGGCCCAGAAGCUUUUCCUCGAGACAUUUUCUCUAAUGGGUUUAAACCAGUCAGGGGGCUUGUUCAUUUGGAUGCCCUUGAUGGGAAAUCAAACAGUUUGGAUGACUCCACUGAAGAAGUUCAGUCUAUGGAUGUGGAGUUUGGAGCACCCGGGACGCUGCUGGGAGUCCAAUCUGAGCUGCUGGCCACCUGA